AUGGCUGACUUCCCAAGGUUCAAAAAGCUCCACUACUACCUAAUUCCACUCGUUGCCAUGGUAGUAUGGUGGGGUAUGCUCAUCGCCUUGUUGGCUUGUUGGGCAGCACAGGGAAAACCCGUGUAUGCGUUCAUGACCACCGAUUAUCAAGACCCCGUGUUUUUGAGUGAUAUUGCAGCCACCAAUCUCAACCCCCUUUUUAUUUCUUGUGUAGGGUUUCAGCUGAUAUUCUUUGUUGGAACCUUGGUGACGGAAUACGUCUUGCGGAAAAAGCGCAAACUCCAGCCGUACGUCUCAAAAAAGCAGCCUAGGUUUGCGUUUGUUAGCAUUGUCAUGGCAGUAAUCGGACAGUUGGCAAUUUUGAUGGUGUCCAUUUUCAAGACGUCCACGCACAGAACAGUGCAUCUCUCCAUGUUGGGAGUGUUCAUCUUCUUCACUUUCUGGGCUUGUUUCUUCAACAUUCUCAUCACCUAUGCCUUUGGAAAUUUCCCACAAAGAUUGCAUCCAAACCACGAACGCGUUGUUUUUGGAAGACACCGGUGGCUGAAUGUCUACAUGGUGUCGUUUUUUGCCAAGCUGGUGUGGCUUGUUCUCGCCGUGGUAUUUGUUGUUUCUUUCGGGGCCAAUUCAAACCGGUCCACAUCGGCCGUCUUUGAGUGGAUCAUCUGUUUCUGGUAUGGCUUCUUGCUUAUUUUCUGGUCCAUGGACCUUUUCCCAUCUGCUGUCAAACACUACAGGGUACAUCACUCGGAGAAGUUUGACGAUGAGUUUAUUGACAAUCACCAAAAUCCCCCUUCCGCCAUGUCCAACGACGAAUCAACAGAUGGUGACCAGGAAUCUCCUGCAAAGGACCACAACCCCAGUUCCUAG